AGUGACGAAUCCUCACGCAGGUCCUUAAACUCCCCACGAGCGGCGCAACCGAGAGCUGUGGAGACAGACGCUCCAUUAAGUUAAUUUUGGGAUAAAAUGUACUACAAAUUCAGUGGAUUCACACAGAAGCUGACGGGGUCUUCCCCGACGACCGCGUACAGCCCUCAGGGCUUAAGACCUUCAGUCCCCCCGGAGCCCUCCCCCAUGGUCUUCGCCACCCCCACCAAAGUGGUGUCGGAAUCUGGGUCCGUGGUGGAGUACAUGGGUGUCAACAAAGUCCCUGACCUGCAGAAGUUCUUCCAGACGGCGGAUGGGGUCCCGGUGCACCUGAAGCGCGGCCUGUCCGACAAGCUGCUGUACCGCACCACCAUGGCCCUGACCAUAGGGGGCACCCUCUACUGCCUGGUGGCGCUGUACAUCGCCGCACAGCCCCGCAAGCCGUGAUGACCAUCACCACGACAAUGACUAUGAGGAUCACGAUGGACGUCAAAUAAAGGAUCAACUGAUUUCUGCUCCCCCCCCCCCCCCUUUAAUUUAUUGCUACAAUCCCAGGGCAGAGACUCCACCCCUGAGCCCCCCCGCCCGCGCCUCUCAACAGUGACCUCUCACCAAGGACAAGCAUAGUCUUCUCUAGCGUCUGCUCCACCCCCCUCCUGUGUGUGUGUUUGUGUGAGAGAGAGUGUGGAUGUAUCGUUUUUGGGGGGAUGUUUUUCUCCGCUUGGCAAUCACCCCUUUUCAAACAGGGGCGAUAGGAGGCAGUUCAGUCAAAUCAGAGCCACGCCCCCACGCUGUUUGUAAUAAUCCACAGUUUUAACCAGACACAGUUUUGUGUUUGAUUUCUUAUUAUCUCACUGUAGGGUGGUUAUUACAGAGUAAUGGCUUCACUUAUGGGGAAUAAUUCAUUAAUACAAAGUACAGUUAACUCUGUUGAAUUUGAAUUAUGAUUUAAUUCUGCUGUGUCUGUAGGAUUCUCUGUGUAACAGUGCUUGCUUCUGAAUUGUUCUAACGGGUGACCAUCUUACCAUGUCUAGGACCACGUCCCUUCCUCUUUUGUAAUCAGGUUUCCGCCAUUACUGUAAUGCAUUGCUCAGUUCCGUGGACUCAAAAAAGUAAAUGUAAAUAUGUACCACCACCAGCACUCAUCUCUACAUAUAACACGCCCCUAUGGGCUGCGACCAAUCCCGGAAAGGGGCCAGCAGUCAUGUGACUGGGCCUGGUGGAGUGUGGGUUUUUGUUGAGGGGCGACACGUGUGUCAGUCUUCUGGUGAUGUUCCGGCAAGAGAUCACAUGAUGUGCCCUGCUGUGUCAAUCUGGUUGUAUAGGAGAGGUAAAUCUAUU